AUGGACAACGCAGCAUUUGACAUGCAUGAAGGCACCACACCAACUGUUUCCUAUGUGGGGAAGAUGAGCGCCAGCCCCAGAAUGGAAAAGAAGAAGCAGUGGUCAUUGAUGAGUGUUUUCCUGGUGUGUCUCUUGGCCUGCACCGUUACCACAGCAGUGGGAGUCCUGAUCCUCUCCUUGGUGUAUAUCAACAACUCUCAGCCCCAUUCGGAACCCAAACCACAAACAACAAUUCCAACACUGCAAAAAGCUGUUGACCCCAAGUUCCAGUUUCUUAAUCAUUUACCUAAAUCCAAGGUGUUUGAGUUCUCUGGUGGUGCCAUCCAGUGGGCCCGGUACAGGAACAACAUCAAAGACUAUCUCAGCAUCGAAGAAGAGGCCUUUGGCAGCAGCUUGAACAGCCAGAGGUCACAGAUGACGCUGGGGACCCUGAGAAUAAAAAGCAAUGGCCUCCGUGCCCCUCACUGGCACUUUAAUGCAAAUGAGCAUGGCUAUCUCGCACAGGGGACAGCAUGGAUCGGGGUGGUUGAUGACGGUCAUGUCAUUACCACGUACAAUGUUACAGCUGGCCAAGUGAUCUUCUUUCCUAAAAACACGCUUCACUGGAUAAAGAACGUGGGCGAUGAAGACUGCUUUUUCUUGCUCUUCUUUUCCACACAUGAUGAACUUCAGACACUGGAUGUUGAUGAUGUCUUUUUCUCUACACCCGAGGACAUUGCUUCCAGGUCACUUAAGCCUGAAGGCGGAAUCAAUUUUAUUAGGUCAUUCCACAAGCAAAAGGAGGAUCAGGGCGUGAACCUCCCUCCCAACCUGGCAGACCUGGUGAUGAAUGCCAGUUAUGCACAGUCUCCAGACAGCCUUGUGUGGAGAUACUUUUAUGACCUUAAAGGUUCAAAAGAGUAUCGAUUUCCAGGAGGAAUAAUACAGCUGGCACAGUAUUGGAAAAAUGAAAGUGGACUAAGCAAUAAUGAAAAAAUUUUCAGUAAAUUCCUGAAUCAGCAUCAAAAUGCCCUCACUUUGUGUACACUCAGGAUUUACAACAAUGGAUUGAGACAGCCUCAUUUCCAUUUUAAUGCCAAUGAGAUGGGAUACGUGAUAAGUGGAUGUGCAAAGGUGGGCAUUAUUAAUACUCAGGGUACGACAGAGUUUGAUAUUCACGUCGGCGAUGUGAUAUUUUUCCCCAUUGGAACCCAGCAUUACAUCAAGAGUGCAUGCGAUGAGGAUUUGCUUUUCAUUCUUGCCUUCAGCACCAGAGACCAGCUACAAACCCUUGACAUGGACGACUAUUUCCAGGCCACAGCAGACCACAUCCUGGCCCAGCUUUUCUUCAAGAAACAAAGUGAGUUUAAGAAGAUCCCCAAAUUCAAGGAGGACCAGGCAAUCAACCUGCCUUAGGCUUGCUGAUGAGUUCAUGUCUGUUCUUCUUCAUUUGUUAUCAUUGUUUUUAAAGAAGGAUUUGCCUAAGGAACCUGGAGCUCUUCACACAGUGCAAGGGGGGACGCGGGUGCG